UGCGCUCGCGUACGAACACGCACUCGUGCGAGAGCCAGCGACCGAUGGCGACGAUCGCCGAGAUGUGCCUGCGAAGUUACUCGGUGUUCCCGUACCGUCCUUAGAUCCACGUCUUGUGUCCCCUUCGCGUGCGGUCUCUGCUGCUAUUCCGUACGUUUUCCGUCCCCGCGAGACGCCUGACGACGACACGUCCUGCCGUCGUCAUACCCCGUCAUCGAGUGCGUGCCGCGAGUCGCGCGUGAAUGCGUGUGUUCGUUGGUGUGCUUAGUGGUGUGCGCCGUGUCGAAGAAGUGCCGACCAGAUCACGGUGGAUCAUCCGUCUAUACCGAGCGAGGAGGAGAGGGAUAUGCGUAUAUAGUUCACGGCAAAUUGCCGCGAGUACAGACGAGUUGACACCUCGGCGAGAGCAUGGAUUCGCGGCUACACCGCCAGUCGUCCCCGAGUCGCCAAGAAGCCGUGCUGUCGUCCCGGCAUCGUCAGUAAACACCGACGGAUAUACAGAGUUGGGACUAACCAUGUCCACUAAGAGGCAUCGCGGGCAAAAGUUAAGCGUAGAUAAUAAAGUAGUACAUGAAGGCCGUAAUAGAUAGAAUGAACGCAUUUCGGCAAAACGAAGCGCGUUGCUUCAGUGAAAACUCUCCCAGGCCACCAGUGCCAGGAGAGGAAACUGGAAGCUAUGUCAGCCGGAUCCGUCCACAAAGUCCCGCUUUGAUGCCAAGACGCUCUUCCUUUGCGACAUCGCAAGCCUCCGGUGGUUGCGAUGUUUCGGCGCCGUUGGGAUUCGAACCGGAAGGUUGUUGCGGAACCACUACCAUGGAGAGCAAUUCGCCCCCUGCUUACGCACGGUGGGCGCGAAGUCUGCACUCUUUGUUAGAGGAUCCGAUGGGUUUAGAGCUGUUUAAAAGGUACCUAAGUCAGGAGGGGCAUUUGGAUCCGCUCAAUUUCUGGUUUGCCUGCGAGGGCCUUAAAGAGCAGAAGGAUAUGGAGAAGAUUUCGCAAUUGGUGAAGCUCAUCUAUCGAAGGUUUUUCCUCAAGUCGCAACUAAGCAUACCAGAAGAUGUAAUGAAAGAGGCAGAUCGACGGGUUAAGGAGGGUCGCGCCGAUCACAAAGUGUUCGACAUAGUGCAAUUAGAAGUCGAGCGACUGAUCAACGAGACAACUUAUCCCAAUUUUCUUCAAUCUGACGUGUACCUGCAGUACAUUCAGUCCUACCAGAUUCUUGAUUCUGGCGGUUGUCCGAGCUCGAGUUCAGGUAGUCGCGAGAUGUCUCUUUCCUGCGGACCGAGUCUGCUGCCCACCGUGCAUGAAGACAGCGAGUACAUCGGCACCGGUUGUGUACACAUGCACAAUUCGCACUCGACCGGCGAGACGCCCGGAGAACUGAGAUUGACCAAAGAUAUGCUAAUGGUUACCCAACAGAGUAGAGCGAUGGAUGUACGACCGAGGCCAGAAGCGUACGCCGGCCUUUACUUGCAACAUGGGGCUAGUCCAUAUCACAUGCACGUACCAUCCAGAAUGCACGCACUAUAUUUCUCCUACAACCCAGUAUCCAGACAGGAUUCCGAGCUUCAGAGUUUGAGCAGUGAUGCACGUACCGAGGUGGACAAUGUGUCCCUCAACGACGGAUCUAUCGAUAGUACGGGCAGCAGACAGAGAAGCAAGAAGCAAUACAGCAAGCAAUCUAGUAGGGCAAUUAAAGAAUCCGCGAAUAUAAACCGCGAAUCCAUGGCGCAUCAUGUUGUUCCACGAACCCAACGUAUAACGUCUCCGAAACAGAUGUCACCGGCGCAAUUCGCGGAAGAGCUCAGACAAAAAUUGGAGAUCGUGCAACGAGAACAGAAGGCCCAUGAGAAACUGGAGAAAUAUCUGUAUCAAGAAAAUGAUUCAUCGAUCGGUAGCGAUGCGUUGGUAGAACCUUGUGGAGCUUCCAAGACUCUAGGUGAUGCGCUGAAGGAAAAGUUGUCCAUGGAGGAGGAUAGUGAUCAGGCUAUUCUCGACGAGCACGUAUCUCGCGUUUGGUCAGAUCAAACACCUUCAAGAUCUCCCAGGCUUUCACCUGAGAGAAGGCGUCCCACCCACAAUUAUCCUCGGCCUUACAAGCAGAGAAAAGAGAAAGAUAUGGACUCCACGUUCUCGGUGGACAGCGGUAAUAUCCACGACUUCCAAGAGGGAAGCGACCUUAUUGGAGCCGGCUCUAUGAGUUCACUAGGCUCACACCUUCCCAAAUCUAAAUCUGUGCCAUCAGAUUACGGUGAUUUCCUUCACAAGCAGGAUCUGCAUGGUCAAGGUCACGAUCAGAGAUUCCGAAGGUCGGAUAUGACGAGACGAUCAGCUACGAAAAAAUCGAUGACGGAGCUAACAGAUAGCGGAGUAAGCGUAGUCAGCGAUGUGCAGCCUUCCAUAAACAAGGAAGUUCGUCUGAUGCCUCGGUUUAAAGAAAUGGACAAGAAAAUUGAUUUAAAGCAUAGUAGUCGCCAUGGCAGUAAGAGAUACGGCUCGCGUAGUGAGUCCUUGGAAAGGCCAAACAGAGAACCAUGGAGUAUGGGAGUUCCUGCUCAACCGUUCGUUGCUGAUCCAGGAAUGCCACCUCCGCCUCUACCUCAUACGGUGAAUAGGAGCUGUUCUUUUCCCUCUUUAGAUUACCAAGAGCCGAAUGUGUUACGAAUAACUAUGUCACAGGAAAUACAGUUAGAGGAGACUCGUAGAAGACUACAAGUGGAAGAAAACAGGAUGCGCGCUAAUUGCAAGCGACACCUCAACGUUUCGAAACAGCCGUACGAGUUCGCGUCGCAGUAUCAACCGUACGUCCAAUCUAACCAGUCUACUUUGAGAAAACCGAAGCAGGACGACUUCACCACUGUUGUGUUCAGUUUCUGUGACGAGCAAUUCCCUUACAGGACCAGAAUUCCUGGUCACUACGUCACGUUGAAGCAGUUUAAGGAGUACCUUCCGAAGAAAGGGAGCUAUCGAUACUUUUUCAAAACGGAAUGCGAAGAUUUAGAUAUGAAAGUUAUACAAGAGGAGAUAACGGAUGAUGCCGAGGUCCUGCCACUGUGGGAAGGCAAAGUGAUGGCGCAAGUUAAGGCGCUUGAGUAAUAGACUGAAUAAAAGAAAACGAAACGAAGCGCGUAUUCUGACCAAGUGCCGCAAUAAAUAUUAUUUAAGUAAUCCGCCACUAAGUCGGCGCUCGGUAUUUAUACAUAUAUACAUAUUAACGCUUGUCACGCGGCCUCUUUUUCAUAAUUGCCUAAGAAAAGUAGUUUUUAUCGAUGAAAAGAUAAAAUAUCGAAUCGAGCAAUAUUGUUUCGCGCGUGAACAUUGCGGAAAAGCAUGAAAAAAAAAACGGCCUCACAUCAAGUUCUGUCGAUCGAAUGUCCUCGAAGAAAUUUUUUGUAGGUUUGUUCACAU